AUGCCUUUUCUCAAGAAACUGGAAGUGCGUGAUUUGGCAUCAAAAUAUGGUCACAGUCAGCGUGGUAUUAUUGCUCUGGAGCCCAUUCGACGUGGAGAAUUAGUCCUUGAAUGUGAUAUGUCCACGUGUAGCUACUAUCCAGCCGAUGAUCCUCGUAAUAAAAUGACACGAGCGGAAGUACUUGCAUUGAUGGAGAAGUAUCCCGAAGCAAGUGAUUUUAUUCUUGCUUAUACCUACAUGAUCGAUGACGAUUUGUUCAGUGUACCACGUAAUUAUACUACGCAAGAGAUUACAGAUAAAUGUGUUUUCUUCAAUCACUCUUGUGAUCCAAAUUGUGGAUUUGCAACUGAUGAUGAAUUCUCGGUUAUGGCUAUACGUGAUAUAGAUGUUGGUGAAGAACUCACCUAUCAUUAUGGCUGUUUGGAUUCAGAAACAACUCUGUCGAUGGAUUUCACAUGUAAAUGUGGUGCGAAAAUUGUGUUGGUCAAUUAA